GGGACCAACACUCACGUUUCCCUCGAUAAGCAGAGAUCAAGGGGGAGUUUAUAACUGUACUGUGAUUGACGGCUGUGGCUCAGCAUCAACGGACAUAGCGGUUUAUUAUGUCGACAUGGAGAGGUAUCCACUCAAGUGCAUAAAGUCACCAGCUAUCAGUAUCACCAUAGAAACAAACAAGACCCCACCCCCUGACAUGAUCUGUGUGACAAGCAGCAAAAAGUUACAAUCACAUUUGACCAGCAAGACUGGAAGAAGAGUCACUUACGAAGUUGAAUUGACAAGUGUAGACGAAGCUGAGGUGACAUGUCACGCGGAAGGUUUCCCAGGAUCUCGGCAUACAUUCACUGUGGUUGCAGCGACCUCGGAGCAGACAAGAAAUGGAAGUUUCCGGCUUACAAACGCCAAAUACCCACCAAACGAUCAAAUAAAAACGAGCCUCGAAAAACUGGUACAAGAAAGCGUCGAUGCCACUUGUAUGACUAAGGUCUCCUUGAGCUAUGGGCCGGGCAAUCUAAUCGUGUACGUAACCCUGACAACGCCAGCAAACGUCUCAGAUCCCUUUGUACCGCUCAAGAAUGCCCUUCUACAAAAUGCGCCAAGAUACAACUUAACGAUUGAACCGUCAAGUGUCAAAUUGCAGCAAGUGAAUACUCAACAGGCGCCAAAGUUUGAUGAUGUCAGGCCUACCCAUCAAAGAAUCAAAGUCACGUGGUCAAGGCCUUAUAGUAAUGCGCAGUGCACGAUGCGCGCUAGACCUCUAGCUGAAGCGUCACGUGACUGGGUGACGUCAUCAGUUGUCAGUAGUUCAGCUUCGCUGUCAUGCGUGUUGGAUGAUCUUAAGCCUGACACUCUGUACGAGGUGGAGGUCACUGUGUCGGUGCGGGAAGACACGAGGCGUGACACGGUCUACAUCAGGACCACCCCCACAGCUGUCGAGGUAAAUGAUCAGAACUCCACCAUUGUUGGUCUCGCUGUGUUGGUCGCCAUCUUGUUCUUGGUCAUCUUUGGUCUGAUUGUCUACAUCGUGGUGCUGAAGAGGGCAGAUCUUACAACAAGGAAAAGAAGACCUGAAGCUGAUAACCCAGGCUACUCUGGAUUCCAGAAUGUUGCAAUGCAAGAAAAUGCGAACCAAGACCAGCACACAGUCCCAGAGAUGGGAGACUAUGAGGUCGCCCCAUCAGAAAAUAAGGUUCCCACCCCUGACCCCAUUCCUCAAUACGAACCAGUGAACAAUACACAAGCACGACCAUCCAACCGUAGUAACGUCACGCACUAUAAUGAUGUAACGCAAGGGGGCAAUGUAACGCAGUAUGAAGCUAUAAACAACAACCCGUCACGUGAUCAGCACGUGCCAGCCAAUCGCCAGUACGAUUGCGUCGAUAGCACUAGAAUGAGUAGACAGAAUCCACCCGCGAGGAGAGCAAGGAACGACACAGGUGCUCAAGGCGAGCCAGGUUACGAGAACACAAGGAAACGAGGUUUACCACAUGAAGUGUACCAGUCUCUACAGGCGACGACACAACACAGCGAGAAUGCGCAGUAUGCCCCACUGCAUCCUGGGACACGCAUUGCGGCCAUGCCUGGUGGUAGGGACGAGAGGGUAGUAGGCACAGACAUAAGAGGGAGUGAGUACCAGGAGUUGAACAGGACUAAAGCCACAGAUCCAUGUUAUCAACGGGUAGGUAGUAGAGUUACUAGCGCUUAAGAUGCUCAUAUCGCGGAUCCAUGUGAUCAACGGCUAGGCUCUAGAAAUACCACUAGCGCGUAAGAUAGUCCCGCAGAUCCUUGUAAUCACGUACAAAGAUAAUACCAGCGCGUUAGCUGAAAAUACACACGUACACGUACACUUGAGGUAAAUAUUAUCAAAGAUUUAGUCACUAGUCACAAGGCGAUAGGUGUAUUUAUAUCACCAUUGGUCGAGAUAACCGUGUUACCCUAUGUUACCAUUCACAUGAACUGGAUAUAUCAACAAAGAUACUCAUGCUAUCUCUUGCUAUUAUCACGCGGUAAAGUAUACCAGGAACAAUAAAUAAAUACGUUUUAAUGUCGUUUCAAUAGAAACCCCCGAAUAUUAUGGACUUUUUCAAUUGCUGCUAGUGGUUAGUUAUCUUUGGAAGCGCAACCAAGGUAUCCUAUCGUGUAGACCUGAAACAACACGUCUUUCACAGUGUGGGUUUACAGAGGCUCGCUUGGUUACUGGUUACUGCCAACAUGAACUAAUUUGCUAAUUAUAUUUGACGUUAGUUUUAUCCUGCAUGGUAUGCUUAUUGUUGUAAUCAAUUCUUAACCCUGUUACUUGAAACAUAAUUGAUAACUUACAAUAAAAAAUCACUUUUCUUCGUCA